AUGGUGACGUGGAAUCUUGAUAACGAUUUGGAUACGACGAUGGUGGAACAGGCAACAGAAAGUGAGACGGCGGGCACCCUGAACAAGUACUCAGACGAGGUGUUCUACCAAGACUGUCGACGAGAGUUUAACACUACUUUCAUCAAGCCCGACGCGGAUGACUAUUACAAGGAGAUCGAAGUAAGGAUCAACCUGAGGGCAUUGCUGUUGGUCCAGGAAGGAAUGAGGGACGAAACUACGAUCACCGGGGAUGAAGAGUGUACUGUGGACAAGGCCGUUCUCCAGUCGAUCUACGGAAUCACAGUCCUUCGCAUGUCAAGCAGUAAAAAGCAGGCCCUCUCGAGCUGCGUGAUAUUUGUAGUUCGGAGAGUUCAGCUCAGUGUCGGUGGAAACUUUGUCAGUUUGUGGUGCUCAGUGCCCAAGUCCGCUACCGCGGUUUUGAGGCGGGAUGGUAAGAAGAAGUUAAUGCGUUUAUCAAGGGGGAACAAAAGAAAUGAUCUGUCCGGGGGGCUACUACGGAUUAUAUUGUUGUGCACGUUUUGUUUAGUAGCUGCUGCUCCUCACAAGAGGGUCCCACGCACCCAGUCGGCAGAUGUUAAAGCUGUCGAUGGAAAUCAGGCUGGUAAACCGGUGCCUGCAGUUGUGAAACCUGCUGUCCCCGAAAAUCAGAAAGCUGCCGUUAUCGACCAGAGUAAGGCGGAUGUCGCGAAAGAUACGGCCCAAAAACCUUCCGCACCAAAUGGUGACAAUAACAACAAAGAGGUUAAUGCUGGUUCUGGUGAUGAGAAACAACUUAAAACGGACACAGAGUCUCAAGACGGCGCAGAUUCAAAAAAGGAAGUGAAGUCGCAGGAAAAUGAAAAGGGCUCAGAUUCUGCUAAACCAGAAACUGACACAGAACCUAAAGAUGAUAAACCUCAUCCCAGUGUGGUGGUCAACAAGACGAACCUUCAAGAGAUGACGGUGGUCAAAACUGAUGGUGCAGCAAAAUCUGAUGAUGACAAAACUGAUGGUGCAGCGAAAUCUGAUGGUGACAAAAUUGAUGGUGUAGCAAAAUCUGAUAGUGUCAAAACUAAUGGUGCAGCAAAAUCUAGUGGCGGUGACAAAACUGAUGAUGCAGCAAAAUCUGAUAGUGUCAAAACUGAUGGUGCAGCGAAAUCUGAUAGUGUCAAAACUGAUGGUGCAGCAGAAUCUGAUAGUGUCAAAACUGAUGGUGCAGCAGAAUCUGGUGGCGGUGAAAAAACUGAUGAUGCUACAAAAUCUGAUAGUGUCAAAACUGAUGGUGCAGCAAAAUCUGAUAGUGUAAAAACUGAUGGUGCAGCGAAAUCUGAUAGUGUAAAAACUGAUGGUGCAGCAAAAUCUAGUGGCAGUGACAAAACUGAUGAUGCAGCAAAAUCUGAUAGUGUCAAAACUGAUGGUGCAGCAAAAUCUGAUAGUGUAAAAACUGAUGGUGCAGCGAAAUCUGAUAGUGAAAAAACUGAUGGUGCAGCAAAACCUAGUGAUGGUGAAAAAACUGAUGAUGCAGCAAAACCUUAUGGUGGUGAAAAAACUGAUGAUGUAGCAAAACCUAGUGGUGGUGAAAAAACUGAUGGUGCAGCAAAAACUAGUGGCGUUGUCGAAACUGAUGAUGCAGCAAAACCUAGUGGUGGUGACAAAACUGAUGAUGCAGCAAAACCUAGUGGUGGUGACAAAACUGAUGAUGCAGCAAAAACUAGUGGUGGUGACAAAACUGAUGAUGCUGCAAAAUCAGGUGCUGGCGACAAAAAAUCUGAUGAAGAAAAAUCUAGUGAUGAUGCAGAGAAAUUAAGUGACGGCGAGGAAACGAAAGAUGCUGGUAAAAACAGUGAAGUUGUAUCCGUGAGCGAAGAUGAACUGAAGAAGAAUCCAGCAUUCGAUGUCAACAAACUGUUUCCAACAAAACCUCCUCCCCAACCCGCCGAUCAUAAGAAGGUUGAAACUGAGUUGCUGAAGGAAGAACCUGUUGUAGUCCUGGACAAUACGACCGAUAAAGCAUCUGAAACAAAGGCUGUUGAAGGAAAUUCAACCGAUAAGAGCGAGAAUACUGAAGCUGAUAAAACAGUUGAAAAGCAAACAGACAAAGAUGAAUCAGAUGACAAAGAUUCUAACAAAAUCGUUAACUUUGAUGUCUCAAAAGGUUCGUCUGCAGAUAAAGAGGUUAAAUCUAAUGAUACUCCCAAUAAAACUGCAGAUGCUUCUAAAACUGCAGAUGCUUCUAAAACUGCAGAUGCUUCUAAAACUGCAGAUGCUUCUAAAACUGCAGAUGCUUCUAAAACUGCAGAUGCCUCUAAAACUGCAAAUUCUUCUAAACCUGCAGAUGCUUCUAAAACUGCAGAUGCUUCUAAAACUGCAGAUGCUUCUAAAACUGCAGAUGCUUCUCAAACUGCAGAUGCUUCUAAAGAUUCUUCAACAAAUGGAGAUGUUGCUAAAACGGGGGCUGAUUCUAAGGCUGUUCAUUCUUCUUAAAAUUGGGUUAGUAAAGAUUCCACUCUAACUUAGGCUGCCUCAAGUUGGGAAGUCCUCUGUUGACA